CCCAGCCCUGACAAGUACCACAAGCUGGAUGCCUACGUCACGCCCAAUUCCCAACACUGGGAGCAGUUGCUGGCGAACCUUGCGCUCACAGGACUGCCAUUCACGCCCGGCAUUUCCAAAGAAGACCUGGACACCCUGGCGGUUUUGGAUUUGAAGAUUGACUAUCAAACACGUCGCGGCGGCAACGCCGAAAUCACGAGCAAGCAGAAGAAUUUGCCUUUGUUCGAUAUCCAGCGAUCCGAACAAGCGAACCGGCUCUUUAUCUGGCUGCUGGCGAACAACGACACCUAUGCAAGCUGGGUCCAAUUCCACAAGCAGCUAGCGAAUAGCAACGGCAACAGCAAAGGCACGUGGCAAGAGGUACAAACCGCGAACUUGCUCUUGAAUUCCCCCGGCAUCGAGAUUGCAGCAAGGCCGUGGCUAUACCCGCUUGCCAGCUUCGGAGACACGGAUCUGUCCCCGCGCCUAUCACCACUCAAAUGGAUAACGUCGGGCUCACUUCCGUCGUUGCGAGCAAGCUUCUUGCGCAAGCUGACAAGCAGGUGCAUCGAUUACUGCCGCGAUUUUGCAUUGAAGUCGCUCCUCUAUGACACCGCCAUGGCCCGAACGAUCACCUCCCUCAUCAGUGUUGCCAAUCAAAAGAACAUCGCCCCGGAAUUUGCCGCCCAGCAGCAGGACAUGUUCGAAGGCUACUGGCUUCUCCAACUCAGAAAAAUGGAAGAUGUUUGUCGCCGGGAAUACGAGAACACAGGCGACCUCGGCAAGACGUUCCCCAAUGUCUUCUUCACUGUGGCUCCAGCCGAAUGGCGCUAUCUCUUGCCAGAAGGCCUGACUUUGGACGACACAUUAUCCGAACAGCAAGACCUCAUUAC